AUGAACGUGCACCGUGUGUGGGCCGUCCUGGCCGUUUUGUGCGUGUGUCUGUUGGGCGCAGCGGCUGUUAACUGGGACAAGAAUGACAUUGAGAUUUUUGAGCUGCAGCAGGCGCUCGAGCAGAGCGAGGGCCCUGGCGCCAGCUUUUACUCGAUCCUCGGUCUCCGGCCCUCCGCGUCGCAGUCAGAGAUCCGCAAGGCGUACCGGGAGAAGAGCUUGGAGUGGCAGUACAACCCAGAUAUGCCUGACGCGUACAAGCGCUUUGAGCGGCUGGGCUUGAUCCACAAGAUUUUGCGCGACGAGCGCCGCGACCGCUACAACCACUUCCUCUCGAAUGGCUUCCCCAAGUGGCGGGGCACUGGCUACUACUAUUCGCGCUUCCGCCCUGGCUUGCUCAUGGUCCUGAUUUUCCUUGUUGUGCUUUCGGUGGCCGUGGAGCACUUGGUGCGUGUGUACAACUUCCGUGUGAACCAGAAGCGCAUUGAGAACCUGCGCCGCAGCGCUCUGGCGCUCGCAUGGGGUGCCUGGUUCCAGACGCCCAAGGAGGCCAUCAAGGGCACUAAGCCGAAGAGUGUGCCCGCACAGAAAAAGGUCCGCGUCCCGCUGCAUGGCUUUACCGACAUGCCUCCUGCACCGUCCGCCACUGCGAUCGCCACGGGUCAGGUCGACUGGGACGCAGAGGGCCAAAAGGUUCGUCAGGCUGUGACGGCGCCGGUGGCAGCGACGGAGUCGAUGCGCAUCGUCGAUAUGAUGGUGUUCAGCGAUGGCAGUAUGGCUGUGAUCGACGACGAAUCGGGCGAGUGGCUCACGAUCGAGCCGCUGUCGGACGCGGAUGCACCGACCCUGUCGGAUGCGUGGCCCGCGGCGCUCGUGCGCCGUUUCAUGUCGUCACCUGCCGCUGAGCCUGCGCCGGCCGUCGAUACAGCGGACGCUACUGAACCGACGACCACGAGUGCAAAGACAAGCAAAACGUCGGCGAAGCGCCGCAAGCAUGCGUAA